UACGACACGUCACGUAUAUGUAUAUAGUCGGAGAGCCUCCCUGCCACCCAGCGUGUGCCUCUCUGAGUAUCAAAUGCAGACCUCCAGGCAAGCUGUGCUGGAGCAGUUCAUCAUCAGUGACAAUGAGGAGGUCACAGCAGGUGGAGGAAGACGAGGCGCUGGCCCGACGCCUGCAGCUAGAAGUCAACUCAGAAUUUGCUGGGGUGGAGCAGAUCUCCAUCACUGAGGAGCAGCAGGCUGCGGUUCGUUUACAGCAGAUGGAGGAAGAUAAGCUGCUGGCCCGACGGCUGCAGGCGGAGGAUGACUCGGACAUCGCUGUGGUGGAGCAGAUCUCCAUCAGCGAGGAGGAGGAGGCUGUGGCUCGUUCGCAGCAGCUGAGGGAAGACGAGGCGCUGGCCCGACGGCUGCAGGCGGAGGACGACUCGGACAUUGCUGCGGUGGAGCAGCUCGCCAUCAGCAAGGACGACGCCAUUUGUUUCCAGCAGGCGGAGGAUGACGAGGAGCUGCAGGUGGAGUCUGGCUCAGAGAUCGCUGUGGAGGAGCAGAUCUCCAGCUGCGAGGAGGAGGAGGAGGCUGCAGUUCCUUCACAGCAGGUGGAGGAAGACGAGGCUCUGGCCCGAAGGCUGCAGGCGGAGGACGACUCAGUGAUCGCAGCGGUGGUGGAGCAGCUCGUCGUCAGCGACGAAGAGGAGGAGGCCACUGGUUUACAGCAGGUGGGGGAUCACAAGGAGCUGCACCGGCACCUACAGGUUCGGCUGGACCAAGUGGAGCCCACGCUGCACAGCAGACACCGUCACCACCUCCAUUAUCACCACCUCCAUCAGCUUCAUCAUCAUCGCCUCCACAGGGGUCAUCCCACAGAGCGCCGCUGGAUGAUUCAGGUGGCCUCCGGAGAAGAUCUGAUUGGUCAUCGCGGGAGUAGGGACGCCACAUCUAAUGACGCUGAGGGAAACGACUACGAGUCUCUGCUGGAGCUCGAGGAGCAUCAGGGCGCCGUGAGGACCAAUCAGCUGAGUGCGACGGAUAUCCAGAGGUUUCCCACCAAGGUGUUCCGGAGAUGCGGCGGCAGCGGCGGUAACACACAGUGUCAGAUCUGUUUCUGCGACUACAGCGACGGCGAGAAGCUGAGGAUGCUGCCCUGUUUCCAUGACUACCACGUCCACUGUAUCGACCAGUGGCUGAAGGAUAACCCCACCUGUCCAAUCUGCAGAGUCAACCUGGCCGACAAAGACGCCAUCGCCCCCCCCGACCUCUGACCUUGUUUCUACUGUUUCCUAUGGGAGCAGACAGGAAGGAAGGAAAGAGGACUCACACUUGUUUUUGU